AGAGACAUUUCUUCCAGAUCUCUGUGGGCUGUUCUACAGUGACGUCACUGGCAGAUAUGUCAUGGCGUCUGUGGGGCUGAAGCUGGAGCUGCAAUUAAGCUAGCUAAAAGCUGUCGACAGUGUGUAAAUCGAAAUGGAGAAAAAUGCAAACCUGCAUCGAGAUGUUGGAGGAAGUACUCUAUGUGCUACUAUUGCAGGAGAAAUGGGUGAUAUUAAAACAGUUGGCGGAAUGAAGGGAGCGACCGAUACGUGCAAGAUUAGUGAGCAUUCUCUCAGUACUUUGGUUAGUUGUACUACUAGCUCCAGUAGUGCCCCUAGCACUGCUAGUAAUGCUAUCUCCAGUGUCGAGAAAUUAGAUAUGGCAGAAAUGGUCGAGUCUAUCCCGGUGCAAGAGAAGAACAUUCAAUCGAGUGGUUGGUCGGAGACAUUGUCCUCUGGAUCUGGAGAUCAUUUGAGUAACGGGAUGGGAUAUGGCACGCAGCUGGCUACAGGAAAUAGCGAGGGUGCCACCUCAAAGUUAGUAAACAACAAAACGGAUGGCGAGCCCUCCUCGAUAGGGGCAAGGAUUACAGAUGGUCACGCUGAGGUGUUGGGUUGUGAGUCAGUUGAACUAGUGAAGCUGGCAAAACCGACACACCUAUGUCCUGACAAAACAAAUACGGGAAACGUUAAAUGUGGAGUUGCGAUUGACAAAACCAUAUGCGAGGGUUUGCCGAGUGGGAGUGACCCGUGCAUCGCGGCAGAAUCUAGGAGCGUCGACUCACUUGAGUCCUUCUCGAACCUUAACUCCUGUCCCAGUUUCGAUCUCAACAGUGAAGGGGUGGAGGACAAGGGGCUGGCAAUAACACUACAGAGCGAGUAUGGGGCUGAUGGAACUAAGAUCCCGUGCACCAAGGACCGGGGCGCUGGCCAGUCCAUAUACCACAUCAAGUGGAUCAAGUGGAAGGAGGAAAACACACCUAUCAUUACCCAGAACGAGAACGGCCCAUGCCCAUUGUUGGCAAUUAUGAAUGUCCUAUUGCUGGCAUGGAAGGUGAAGAUGCCACCAAUGAUGGAGAUCAUAACUGCUGAACAGUUAAUGGAAUAUCUUGGAGACUACAUCCUCGAUGCCAAGCCGAAAGAGAUCUCUGAAGCCCAGCGGCUAAACUAUGAACAGAAUAUGAGUGAUGCCAUGGCGGUGCUGCACAAGCUGCAGACGGGGCUGGACGUCAACGUGAAGUUCACAGGGGUGCGGGUCUUUGAGUACACCCCAGAGUGCAUUGUCUUUGACCUGCUGGACAUCCCUCUCUACCACGGCUGGCUGGUGGACCUGCAGAUGGGCGACACAGUGAAGGCAGUGGGUAACUGCAGCUACAACCAGCUGGUGGAGAAGAUAAUCUCCUGCAAACAGUCGGACAGCAGCGAGCUGGCUGGGGAAGGCUUUGUAGCUGAGCAGUUUCUGCACAGCACGGCCACCCAGCUGACAUACCACGGCCUGUGUGAGCUCACGUCCACCGUGCAGGAAGGAGAGCUCUGUGUGUUCUUCAGGAACAACCACUUCAGCACCAUGAUCAAGUUCAAGGGCCAGCUGUACCUCCUGGUGACAGACCAGGGCUUCCUGACGGAGGAGAAGGUGGUGUGGGAGAGCCUGCACAAUGUGGACGGGGAUGGCAACUUUUGUGACUCUGAGUUCCGCCUGCGACCUCCGUCAGACCCAGAGACGGUGUACCGCGGACAGCAGGACCAGAUAGACCAGGACUACCUGAUGGCGUUGUCGCUGCAGCAGGAGCAGCAGUGUCAGGACCUGCAGUGGGAGCAGCUCCCCGAGGGCAUCAGUGACCUGGAGCUGGCCAAGAAGCUGCAGGAGGAGGAGGACCGACGAGCCUCCCAGUACUUCCAGGAACAGGAGCAGGCUGCCGCAGCACAAGCACAGCAGCCAGCAGAGGGCAGUGACGAAGCAGACAGAGCAGAAGCAGCAUCAUCAUCAUCAUCAGCAGCAGCAGCAGCAGCAGCAUCAUCAACAGCAGCUGGAGCCACGCCCAGCCCAGGGAAGCAGCCCUCUGCCGGGGAGCGCAAACCCAAAAAAGAGCCCAAGGAUAAAGACAAAUGUGUUCUAUUGUAACAGAGGAUGGUUGUGUGUUUGUGUGAGAGAGAAAGAGGGGGGCAGAAUUUUUUUUUCACAUUGACCUGACACCCUACGCACAGCCCCUUUUUGAAGAGCGAUGAGACAAACUGAGGAGUUGCCGUUCCCAAGCCACUGGUGCCUGUCAUCCUCUACCCUCAGUGGGCCCGGACAACAGAGGAAGGGACGCUAUGACAGCUACCACUAAUCUUUCGUACAGUUGGCCAAACUUUGUUACAAGUCGCACAGUGCACUAUAUUUGUGAUCUGGGGUUCAGGUUAAUGGGGGUGAUUUUUAUAGCAAAAUGAGAAAAAUCCCAGAAACAGGAUGCUGGGAGGGAAAGAAUUCAGAAUCUGAAAUAUCUCUCAUGGCACCAACUUUUUUCAAGGAAAUCGUUUUCAUUCAUUUUCAUUAUUGCAGUUGAUAAGCUAUUUUUUUUUUUUACAGCACAUGUGUAGAUAUGCCUGCUUUGAUUCACUUCUGUUUUUGAGCGUUAGACUUUCUACUGUAAACACAUAACCUUCGUUUCCUAGCUAUUGGUUGGUGGGGGUCAUUUAGCUCCUUCCAAUUGGAGAUAAUCAAGAGUUUGUUCAGAGUCUUAUUGGGAUAGAGAUGAGGUGAUCGUGACAUCAGUGAGUGUAAUAUCUAAGCACUCCUGUCUCUUCACCACGUUAAUGGAUGCCAAAUUACUACAUUAAGUGUGUUUUUGCGCAUGUGUGUUUGUAUGCGUGUGUGAGAGUAUUUUAGAUAACUAUUUUAUUUUGGUAUAUACUUAAAUUGAAAGGGAUUCAUUUGUUUUUGCCGGUUAGAAAUUCAUGUAAGACCCUGUUGUGACAAGCCUUUUGUAUAUCUCUCUAACACUACCCACAUCCCUGUUCUUCCUGAGAGGCCUGGAAGUCAGUGCCAUACUUUGGUAAGUGCUGUCUCUACCAACCCUCAUCUGCCAUUUAAGACUCGCCCUAUCCAGAUUGGCCUUACCAGAGUAUGGCAGUGUUGAAUUCUGGUGUGUGUGUGUGUGGUUUUGGUGUCUACAGUGUGUAUGUGUGGCUGAUAUGCUCGGCUGCAUUGAUUUAUGCUCUUAAUUUCAACUUGGAAAUAACCUAACAUCAACAAAAAAUGUUACGAUGUAUAUGAGCAGUUGGAUUGAAAGCUAUGCAAUGUAUUUAAUUUCUCAUAUUUGCUUUUUAUGAUUCACACACAGACAGAACCAUGGAGAAACAGGACGGUGCACCUAAUUUGACUACUGUCGCUCACUCUUACGCUGUCCCUGAGAGACUUGGCUGGUUAUUGGCUGCUGAGGCAGAGCGAUAGCAGUAUCCUACACUAAUAAUCUGAAGUGCCCAAUGUCACACAGAUUUGCUGGCAGUUAAACUGCUGGUCACGCCGUAAAAAGCUGACAGAGAUGUUGUCAAUAUGGGAAGCCUCAUGACCUCCUCGUUGAGUUAUGGAAGUAGGAUUUUCUACUGUAGCCAUUUUUGAAUCCAUGUGUUCCUCCUACAACAUCUGACUUUCAGACAAAUUGAUAUACAUUGUGUACAUACCUAAUGCACAUUUAUGAGAGCUAGCUAGUAGUUUGCGCCAUUGUCCUACUAUGGUACUGCCUCCUGAGAGAUUUACUGUUUUCUAUCUACACAUUCCAGCUGGAUGCCUUGACUCAAGCCUUGUGUUGUACGUCAGUCCUAGAAACACAGUUAUAGGGGGGACUCCUCGCAGUGCUGCUAGUUAAGGGGUCUCCUAUUUUUGGCUGUUACAUUUCAUUCUCAUUGUUCAGAAAUGGACAACCCCAGCCUUCAAGGACAAGUCCAGUACUUCGUAUUUAUUUUUGCCUGGCUACUGGCUGCAUCUUGUAGGAGUAGGCUACCUGACUAGUAAGGCUUGUCUGCAGGCUGGACUUGAGGACUGGGGUUAGCUCAGCCUGUCUAUACGGUCCUCACGAGGCCACACUUACUCUGUAUAGAAAAUGCCUUACAACAUUUACAAUAUCUUUUAUAAGAAUAAACGGAAACAGGUGUAUUACCGGAAUGAGACAAUCUGUAGAUGGUAAACUAGACAUCAGAAAUACUCUCAGGCCUUCUCUGAAGGGACAUAUCCUUGAGUGUCUUUUGUAAAUUGUUUGUGUAUUAGCUGCCUUGGCAACAGCAAUGAUAGGUAUAUAACAUUGUAAAGUAUUGAAUAUACCCUGUAGUAACUCCCUCGAGAGACUGUGUUGUGAUGUAAAUGUGUAACCACAUAUAGGUAACAAAUUAUUUCAACACAUAGUAUCUAACUAGGUCGACUUCAUAUUAUCAGGCUGUUCAUAAUUAUUGCUAGUUAUGUUCAUGGAUGGCAUUACAAUGGGUUUCUGAGCUUCUCUCAGGCCUACCUAGUCAAAGGAAUUCACUAUGACUUUACACUAGAAUAGGUUUGCCACUUGUAAUGGAAUUCAAGGCUGCUUUUAGAAAGUGAGUAAACUGCUGCUGCGUUUAUGUUCACAAUGACUACCCAAAAAGUAAUCUGACUGAAUAGACAGGACUUAAAGAGAAACACCUAUGUUGAAGCGAGCGUGUACAUCCUUAUGGUAUGCUACAGUAUGUCCUUUACAUUAUUGACGACAGUGAUUUUGUGAAAGGUUGGGGGGAUGGGCGAAAGACCACGUCCCUUUGAGUGUCAGGGACCACCAUCCAUACUCUUGUUUCGUUUGUAAAAUAACAUCCAUUUUAAAGUUAGUCACACUACAGCUUUAAUUAUACUUGUUCAUGUGGUCAACCUUCCCAGUGGCCUAAACCCAUUUGUAACAACGUUCAAAAGGCAACUAGUACUGAGUUAUGAUGAGAACCUCAAAGGGCCACUUUAUCUAAUUACUUUGAGGUUUUUGGGGGAGCAACAAGAUGUUUCACAGCUGCCUCACACACACUUUUCUUUAAAACAUUUUUGUGCGUAAGCUUGCACCAUUUUGUAAGUCGCUCUGGAUAAGAGCGUCUGCUAAAUGACUUAAAUGUAAUGUAAUGUUUUGGAGUCAUUGCAUUAUUUACCAGUAUCUAGAUAUUGUUUUGUGUUUCAGCUUUAAUGUUGUUCUUCAGAAUAAUUGAUAAGGAUUUUGUUUGUGGAUUGUCUCAAGUGAAUGUGUGUAAGCCUUGUUAUAGUGCUUGGGGGUAAAUACUGUACAAACAGUCUUAACAAGGUAGUCCUUGAACAUAGUCAUUGUAAUUGGUUUUGCACUGUUACAUUGAUAUGCACUACUAGGCAUAUUCUUUCCACUAAUUGGUCUUUUUGACCAAUUAGUGAGAAAAAAGAUCAGAAUUGGUCUGCCUGUGUAAACGCAGCCUAAGAGAAGAGAAAAUACCUCAUUUUAUACAGAAUUAGAAAUUGUGUGAGUGCUAUUGUUCUUUGGGUACCUUGUAAAAAUGGAAUACUGUCUGGAAUUGCUACAACAGUAGCUCUUCAACAGUUAGUUGAAUAUGAAAUGCUCAAUUGUUUCUUUGACAAAGGUAUGAAAGGGCUGGUUAAAAGUACAUUAAGUACUGUGUAGCCCCUUUCAAUAAAAGUACAUUAAGUACUGUGUAGCCCCUUCAUCAGGUAGCUGUCAACCUGUUAUGGCCAUAAUUGUUUUGUAGCUUUUCACACUAAUAAAAAUGCCACUGGCUGGUCAUCUAGAGGGAAUGGAUUUUAAAAGUUAAUUUGGCUAUUUUUACAUUUAUAGAGUGGUGACAAUUGUUAAUCCCCUAGUAGUUUCAUGUGUAAAAUCAGAUUCUGGAGCACAGAACAUGAAUGCAAUCCCCCAUGUUGGUUGAACUUGUUCUGUUGAUUUAAAUGCAACAAUUGCUUACUAAUGACAUCCAGUGGAGUAUAAUUUCAAUGAUGUUAAUAUUUUCACUUAUGUUUAACACCUUGUGAAUAUGAAAAGGUCAAUCCUCAUGUUGGAAGGUUCAAAUGUUUAUAUACAUAUGACCAAAUAAUGUAUAGCCUAUCACAGUACCGUUGCAAAAUGUAGAUGGUGUUUCUUCUGUAACAAAAUGCCUUAGACGAGGGACAUUCAGCCUGAUUUAAAGUACAUGGACAAUAAAACUUACAUUCUCUUUUCACAACCA